CUUACACAAUCUAGUUGAUAUUGCGUAUCAGCUGAUACUUGUAAACAACGCAUCCUCUCCUUACAACCUCUCAGUUCAAUAGUUGGCUUCUACAUUUCAUCAUUAUGGAGGUCGACGAAGAUAUGGUGCAAAUAGAUGACACAGAAAGUGAGGUCAGCCGAGCCCCCAGCAAGCGCGGCAGGAAGCCAGGCAGGAAAACAGCCAAGUCCGACAUGAAAGUCAAACUUGAACGCAGCCGCCAGAGUGCGCGGGAGUGCAGGGCGCGCAAGAAGCUGCGCUACCAGUACCUCGAGGACCUCGCCAACGCCAGGGAGAAGGCGGUGCUCGCUCUCUAUCAGGAGGUCGAGCAGUACCGGGAGUGGGCGAAGGAGCUUGAUGAAGGCCGCGUGCCUGAAGGACUCACGAAAAUGAUUGAGGAAAUGCAGAAGAACAGCCCCUCCGACCUGGAGCCUUCGGCGGUUGCCCAACUGCUGCAACAGCCUUAAGCCCUCGUUCCGCUUCGCUGGUCUUAUUGCUGGUGCCAUAGCCUUGAUCUGGUAGCUGGUCCUAAGUCCUUGGUCAUGUUGCUGGUCUUAAAUCCUUGGUCUGGUUGCUGGUCCUAAGUCCUUGAUCUUGUUGCUGGUCCUAAGUCCUUGAUCUUGUUGCUGGUCCUAAGUCCUUGAUCUGGUUGCUGGUCCUAAGUCCUUGGUCAUGUUGCUGGUCCUAAGUCCUUGAUCUUGGUGCUGGUGCCAUGUCCUUGAUGUCGUAGAACUUGUACUUGCCAUUAUACUGACCACCGUCAAUGCCACUUGCAUCGCCGGCCUUCAAUAAAAACGCGCCCUAUUUUGCAAACAAAACUGAACAGCAAUUUUUUAGCGAGAUCAAAACAGAUUUGUUGUUAUCUUAUGAUAAUCUAAAUCUACAAAUCGUUGUCCAGACCGGUAUUAUAGUUUUUAUUGAACAACGGCGAGUUAAGUGCAGGAUCUGCUAAGUGAGAACUCGUGUGUCAUUGAGGGUAACUGCCUGCGUUCUACGGGGAGAAGUAAUAACUGGUGGAAAAAAGUUACGUUUCUCAUUAAGUACAGAUUCCGAAGCCACGGAAAGUUCUAUGAAGGUACGCGUUAUUUCAAUGUUAAUAUGUAAAUAACGAAGAAAGUAUCCCAGCAAGAGUGACAGGUUUUAAGAUGUAAAUUAUAUGUUUAUUUUAUAAGUGCUACAUGCAUAUGUGAUUAUUUGAGACAAUUUCACGAGCCAAUUGCCUAAAGCGAAGACGACGAAUAUGUGAGUAUUCAGACUUGGUAAAAAUGAUAUGGGUGCUCACCGUGUAAAAUUCUCACUUGAUCGGCUUGAUCAGUAUAACCUGUUUCAAUAGAUCGGUUAUCACUGGUGUAAAAAAAACCUAAUCGAGUACACAUUCACUAAAUCGUGGCUUUACAUCGUAUCAUUGGGCAAUUCUAUUUCCGUCCGUAAAUAGUUAGCACGAACGUGUCAGGAAUCUAUCAUUACUCUGUGUGUCUAAUGAUUAUUUUUAAGGUUCCGUCUUGAUCUUGUAACGAUACUCUGGCUACACUUUGUUGGGUGGGUUAUUGAAGGCUGCACUUCAAUGAACUCUUCUUUAACGACUCUAAACGAGUUAGUGUUACUUGAGAAAAUCUAUCCGUAUUCAUGAACCCUUCCCCUCCGGGGGGACUUCUGACGUGUGCCUGUGCGCGUCAAAAGUCCUAUGGGAUUUCG